GUUACACGCUGGAUUAUUUUUGUCCCUAGCUCAGUUGGUCGCAAAAUGCUCGGGAAGAAGGGCCCGACCGAGCUCAGCCUUCCGCGGCUCGACGAUCGCGCCAAGCAGCACAAGAACCUCAAGAUCAUUGAGCAAUUUCUGACGGCGGAGAACUCGCGCGAGCUGCAGCUGGCGCAAUGCAAGAGCCGCGAGAAGCGCGUGCUCAUGGAAAAAGAGUUUGCGUACCAGCGCCACGAAGAGUCGCUGCUAUUGGACCGCCUCCUGCAUGACGCGCCGCCGUCCUUCCAAGACGUUGAAGACGACGUCAACAAGAUGCUCGAAGCCAACAAACUCCGGCUCGAGUCCAUCUCGACGCAUAAAGCGCUGCCGUACAAGGCGACGCGCGGCGGGAGAGGCCGGCCAAUCAAGCAACCGAAGAAGUACGGCAAACCCAUCAAGAAGCGAGUCGCGGCCAAGAAACCUGUGCCGUUGAUCAUGCCCAGUCUCUCCAACCCGACGCUUCCAGGAGCAGCGUUCGAGGGCCGCGCCAAAACGCCGGUGAAGCGGUCAGCGUCCCGCGUCACGAUCAACGAGUCGGACGCGCUCCCGACCUUUAUGGACGCGUACUUGAGCCCGGACCGGAUCGUGGUGACAGCCACCGAGCACAGCAAGGACGUCGUGCUCGACGUCGACGGGUACCAGGUGAUCGUACACCGCAAAGAGGUCUCGGACCGGCCGUACACCGUCGGCAUCUCGAGCCUGCGGACGAUGCGGUCGCCGUCGAAACCGGAAUCGCUCGUCGCCGACACUGAAGCCGCCCUCGAGUCCAUUCAACUCGUCGCGAUCGAAGAGCGGAACCAAGUCCCGAGCCGCGAGGCGCCACCACCGACGGCUCGAGAUGUCGAGGGCGAAACCCAGGCUUUGCAAGACACGGAGCUCCGUGAAGACACGGCAAGCGCAGUGGAGCCAAAAGCAAAUGCCAAUGAAGACACGGAGGUCAUCGUCCACGAGCGCCCAGAAGUGGCUGUGAGCGAGGGCAACCUCGCUCCAGAUGCGGACGAGAGAACCGCGCUCCCAGAACCGGAGUUGUUGCUCGCCGACAGUCCGAGCGACGAGUACGCCGGCGAGACGUUUGUCAUCGGCUCGGACUCGCCGGUUGCCGACAGCACGCUAGACGAGCCGCCAGUCACGAUGCUCGACACUGCGGAAGACAUUGGUUCAUCGAGCACUCUGGAGACAACCCUUGGCGAGCAAUCACUUCCUGCAACGACCGGCGUCGAGACGGCUGUCGAGUCGGAUAUUGGUGAUGCCGACGCCCCAGUCAUCGAUUCCUCGGAGCUAGAAGCUGCCACAUCAAGUGGGUCGGAAGAGCUCGCAUCGGUAUUUUGCGACGAUGCGGCGACGACGACCCCCGAGGCUUUGGCCGAGGUCCAUUCUGGCGCUGCAACGCUGCCACCGCCUGAGCCUGAGCCUGCGGGCGCGGUGGAGCCAGCGCCAGUGUUUCUAUCCACAGUCGACAUGCCUCUUGAGCCACCAAGCACAUUACCAGAGGCGAUCGCAUCCGAGGUAGAGCUCCCAACAAGAGAGGACUCCGGCUCUAUCGACGGAGCUCCCAGUGACUUAACGCCUUCCGAGCCGUCGACGCCCGAAGGCUCAGAUGUGGUCGAGCCUGACCGCUCCUGCACCGACGUUGACACUACGGCAGCAGCGCCAGAUGAAAAUCGCGAGCCACCGGCAGGCGACACGGCACUGCCUCCGACAGGCGCCGAGAACGAGCCUAGUGACAUCGAGAAAGAGACUGCCAUCAGCGACGACAGGUCGCCACCUUGUGACAAGCCAGCACCGUCCGAGAGCACGUCCGAGUCACAGCAAGCGACGUCCGAGACGACAAGUUGCGACGAGACACGCCCCACGAGUACCAGUGGCAGUGACGACAGUGCGUCGACGACGGUCCAAAACGACGUCGUCGAUCCGCUUCAGAGCGCAGCCUCCAUGGUCCUCCAGCGACACUACCGCGGGCACGUCGGGCGAAAGCAUUUUCAAAGGACGCUCUACACCGAGGCGCAAGCGUGCGGCGUGCUCGGUGCGAUGCCUGGCACAGUCCAAGGCGCGACCGGCUGGUACCAAGAGCCCAAGACGCACGUUGCGCACUACUUCGUCGUGCUCGCGACCGGCGAGUGGAAGCACAAGGUCAAGCUGCACUGCCGCCAGCCGAUUUUGACCAAGUACGAGAUGCGCAAGUUUGUCACGAGCACGAUCGACGUCAUGGACGACACCUAAGGACGACUGAAAAUGAAA